CCCUCUCCCUCUCCCUCCCCGCUCCCGGUCCCGGCCCCGCCCGGCCAUGGCGGCGCCGUUCACCGCUCUGCGCGUCCUGCUCGGGCUGUUCUUCGUGCUGGCGGGUGCGGGGAAGCUCUCGGAGCUGCUCUCGGCCGAGCUGCACCGGCACAUGAAAUCAGAAUUCGUGCGUUUUGCCGAGGUGUUUCCCCUGAAGCAGUUUGGGUUCGCGCCGGAGCCCGGGCGGUACCUGGAGGUGGUGGGCUGGGUGGAGGCGCUGGCGGGGCUGCUGCUGGCCUUUGGUCCCCAACUCCUGCAGGAGAUCAGCAACUUCAUCCUCAGCGUCAUCAUGAUCGGUGCCAUCUACACGCUGCUGGUGCUUCAGGAGCCCUUGGCCAUGUGUGCCCCUGCCACCCUCUGCCUUGGCCUCCUCCUGCUGCUCAACAUCCGUGGCUACGCGGCUCCGGACAAGCCCAAAUUCGAGUGACCGGAGCUGGGAAGUACGAGCGGCUCAGCCGGCGGCAAGCGAUGCCCUUACGGUCAUUUCAUGGACAUCGCGUCCUGCGAGGUAACUGCUGCUGGUACGCGAUGUGUCCUGUCCUGCUGCACCUGGGGACCCCAGUGCUGGUGGUCCCUGCACCGUGGGACGGUGCCCGCGGCACUGCCAGGGCAUCUCCAGCUGCUCCGAUGCUAAAUCCGCGCAAGGUGUCUGGCUCUUCCCAGCAUUCGGACGCACCGAGCUGGGGUUGGCUCUGCUCCGCUGGGGGCUUUCCUAUUUAGGAAUA